GAGAGAGAGAGAGAGAGCGAGAGAGCAAAGCAGUCCCAGGCUUCCUCUUCUCCUUCACGUCAGAGGCAGGAACCGACUGUGCUAAGGCUGUUGGCUCAACACGCAGAGGAGACAGGGGCAGACCCAGGGAGAGUGAGAGAAGGGGGUCCUCUCUGACCCAAGGAAUUACCACUAGUGGAGUGAAGCCACCUGACUUUUUGAUCUUAUUUUGCUUGCCUCCUCAUUAUCCUUCCACCCGUAGUCCUGACAGCUUGGGUUUCAUUUCUUUCGUGGAGCCUUGUCUCUUCCUCCCAGAAAAGGAGGAAGGGAAGAGAAGGGAGAGAGGUGGGCUUUCUAGGUGAGAGCACCAGCUGGCUCCAGCCUGAGCAGACAAGAAUUUUCUUCCCAGGAAGCUCCUCUCACUCCUCGGCCGCCCACCCCCAGCCUGGGUGGCUGUAUCGUUUUAACUGCAUAGAGGGCAGGUCUCUUUUGGAAUUAGGAUUAAAGAACGUGCAGUAAAGAGAAAGCAUCGAAGACACCACCACGAAAGCCAUACCGAAGUGCUUGCAGGUCUGUGAAGAGGCCUCCAUUCUUUUACAGAUUCCCACAACUCCAUGCUGUGUGCUGCAGGCUGGUCCUGAACCCAGAUCUCUGGCUGAGAGGAUGGGGGCAGAUGGGGAAACAGUGGUUCUGAAGAACAUGCUCAUUGGCGUCAACCUGAUCCUUCUGGGCUCCAUGAUCAAGCCUUCAGAGUGUCAGCUGGAGGUCACCACAGAAAGGGUCCAGAGACAGUCAGUGGAGGAGGAGGGAGGCAUUGCUAACUACAACACAUCCAGCAAAGAGCAGCCUGUGGUCUUCAACCACGUGUACAACAUUAACGUGCCCCUGGACAGCCUCUGCUCCUUGGGGCUAGAGGCCUCUGCUGAGCAGGAGGUGAGUGCAGAAGAUGAGACUCUGGCAGAGUACACGGGCCAGACCUCAGACCACGAGAGCCAGGUCACCUUUACACACAGGAUCAACCUCCCCAAAAAGGCCUGCCCAUGUGCCAGUUCAGCCCAGGUGCUGCAGGAGCUGCUGAGCCGGAUCGAGAUGCUGGAGAGGGAGGUGUCGGUGCUGCGAGACCAGUGCAACGCCAACUGCUGCCAAGAAAGUGCUGCCACAGGACAACUGGACUAUAUCCCUCACUGCAGUGGCCACGGCAACUUUAGCUUUGAGUCCUGUGGCUGCAUCUGCAACGAAGGCUGGUUUGGCAAGAAUUGCUCGGAGCCCUACUGCCCGCUGGGUUGCUCCAGCCGGGGGGUGUGUGUGGAUGGCCAGUGCAUCUGUGACAGCGAGUACAGCGGGGAUGACUGUUCCGAACUCCGGUGCCCAACAGACUGCAGCUCCCGGGGGCUCUGCGUGGACGGGGAGUGUGUCUGUGAAGAGCCUUACACUGGCGAGGACUGCAGGGAACUGAGGUGCCCUGGGGACUGUUCGGGGAAGGGGAGAUGUGCCAACGGUACCUGUUUAUGCGAGGAGGGCUACGUUGGUGAGGACUGCGGCCAGCGGCAGUGUCUGAAUGCCUGCAGUGGGCGAGGACAAUGUGAGGAGGGGCUCUGCGUCUGUGAAGAGGGCUACCAGGGCCCUGACUGCUCAGCAGUUGCCCCUCCAGAGGACUUGCGAGUGGCUGGUAUCAGCGACAGGUCCAUUGAGCUGGAAUGGGACGGGCCGAUGGCAGUGACGGAAUAUGUGAUCUCUUACCAGCCGACGGCCCUGGGGGGCCUCCAGCUCCAGCAGUGGGUGCCUGGAGAUUGGAGUGGUGUCACCAUCACGGAGCUGGAGCCAGGUCUCACCUACAACAUCAGCGUCUACGCUGUCAUUAGCAACAUCCUCAGCCUUCCCAUCACUGCCAAGGUGGCCACCCAUCUCUCCACUCCUCAAGGGCUACAAUUUAAGACGAUCACAGAGACCACCGUGGAGGUGCAGUGGGAGCCCUUCUCAUUUUCCUUCGAUGGGUGGGAAAUCAGCUUCAUUCCAAAGAACAAUGAAGGGGGAGUGAUUGCUCAGGUCCCCAGCGAUGUUACGUCCUUUAACCAGACGGGACUAAAGCCUGGGGAGGAAUACAUUGUCAAUGUAGUGGCUCUGAAAGAACAGGCCCGCAGCCCCCCUACCUCAGCCAGCGUCUCCACAGUCAUUGACGGCCCCACGCAGAUCCUGAUUCGAGAUGUCUCUGACACCGUGGCUUUUGUGGAGUGGAUUCCCCCUCGAGCCAAAGUCGAUUUCAUUCUCUUGAAAUAUGGCCUGGUGGGCGGGGAAGGUGGGAGGACCACCUUCCGGCUGCAGCCUCCCCUGAGCCAAUACUCAGUUCAGGCCCUGAGGCCUGGCUCCCGCUACGAGGUGUCAGUCAGUGCCGUCCGAGGGACCAACGAGAGCGAUUCUGCCACCACUCAGUUCACAACAGAGAUCGAUGCCCCCAAGAACUUGCGAGUUGGUUCUCGCACAGCAACCAGCCUUGACCUCGAGUGGGAUAACAGUGAAGCCGAAGUUCAGGAGUACAAGGUUGUGUACAGCACCCUGGCGGGUGAGCAAUAUCACGAGGUACUGGUCCCCAAGGGCAUUGGUCCAACCACCAGGGCCACCCUGACAGAUCUGGUACCUGGCACUGAGUAUGGAGUUGGAAUAUCUGCCGUCAUGAACUCACAGCAAAGCGUGCCAGCCACCAUGAAUGCCAGGACUGAACUUGACAGUCCCCGAGACCUCAUGGUGACAGCCUCCUCGGAGACCUCCAUCUCCCUCAUCUGGACCAAGGCCAGUGGCCCCAUUGACCACUACCGAAUUACCUUUACCCCAUCCUCUGGGAUUGCCUCAGAAGUCACUGUACCCAAGGACAGGACCUCGUACACACUAACAGAUCUAGAGCCUGGGGCAGAGUACAUCAUUUCCAUCACUGCUGAGAGGGGUCGGCAGCAGAGCUUGGAGUCCACUGUGGAUGCUUUCACAGGCUUCCGUCCCAUCUCUCAUCUGCACUUUUCUCACGUGACCUCCUCCAGUGUGAACAUCACUUGGAGUGAUCCAUCUCCCCCAGCAGACAGACUCAUUCUGAACUACAGCCCCAGGGAUGAGGAGGAAGAGAUGAUGGAGGUCUCCCUGGAUGCCACCAAGAGGCAUGCUGUCCUGAUGGGCCUGCAACCAGCCACAGAAUAUAUUGUGAACCUUGUGGCUGUCCAUGGCACAGUGACCUCUGAGCCCAUUGUGGGCUCCAUCACCACAGGAAUUGAUCCCCCAAAAGACAUCACAAUUAGCAAUGUGACCAAGGACUCAGUGAUGGUCUCCUGGAGCCCUCCUGUUGCAUCUUUCGAUUACUACCGAGUAUCAUAUCGACCCACCCAAGUGGGACGACUAGACAGCUCAGUGGUGCCCAACACUGUGACAGAAUUCACCAUCACCAGACUGUACCCAGCUACCGAAUACGAAAUCAGCCUCAACAGCGUGCGGGGCAGGGAGGAAAGCGAGCGCAUCUGUACUCUUGUGCACACAGCCAUGGACAACCCUGUGGAUCUGAUUGCUACCAAUAUCACUCCAACAGAAGCCCUGCUGCAGUGGAAGGCGCCAGUGGGUGAGGUGGAGAACUACGUCAUUGUUCUUACACACUUUGCAGUCGCUGGAGAGACCAUCCUGGUUGACGGAGUCAGUGAGGAAUUUCGGCUUGUUGACCUGCUUCCUAGCACCCACUAUACUGCCACCAUGUAUGCCACCAAUGGGCCUCUCACCAGUGGCACCAUCAGCACCAACUUUUCUACUCUCCUGGACCCUCCGGCAAACCUGACAGCCAGUGAAGUCACCAGACAAAGUGCCCUGAUCUCCUGGCAGCCUCCCAGGGCAGAGAUUGAAAAUUAUGUCUUGACCUACAAAUCCACCGAUGGAAGCCGCAAGGAGCUGAUUGUGGAUGCAGAAGACACCUGGAUUCGACUGGAGGGCCUGUUGGAGAACACACACUACACGGUGCUCCUGCAGGCAGCACAGGACACUGCGUGGAGCAGCAUCACCUCCACCGCCUUCACCACAGGGGGCCGGGUGUUCCCUCAUCCCCAAGACUGUGCCCAGCAUUUGAUGAAUGGAGACACUCUGAGUGGGGUUUACCCCAUCUUCCUCAAUGGGGAGCUGAGCCAGAAAUUACAAGUGUACUGUGAUAUGACCACCGACGGGGGCGGCUGGAUUGUAUUCCAGAGGCGGCAGAAUGGCCAAACUGAUUUUUUCCGGAAAUGGGCUGAGUACCGUGUUGGCUUCGGGAACCUGGAGGAUGAGUUCUGGCUGGGGCUGGACAACAUACACAGGAUCACAUCCCAGGGCCGCUAUGAGCUGCGCGUGGACAUGCGGGAUGGCCAGGAGGCUGCCUUCGCCUCCUACGACAGGUUCUCUGUUGAGGACAGCAGAAACCUGUACAAACUCCGCAUAGGAAACUACAACGGCACUGCGGGGGACUCCCUCAGCUAUCAUCAAGGACGCCCUUUCUCCACAGAGGAUAGAGACAAUGAUGUUGCAGUGACUAACUGUGCCAUGUCGUACAAGGGAGCGUGGUGGUAUAAGAACUGCCACCGGACCAACCUCAAUGGGAAGUACGGGGAGUCCAGGCACAGUCAGGGCAUCAACUGGUACCAUUGGAAAGGCCAUGAGUUCUCCAUCCCCUUUGUGGAAAUGAAGAUGCGCCCCUACAGCCACCGUCUCAUGGCAGGGAGAAAACGGCAGUCCUUACAGUUCUGAGCAGCGGGUGGCCGCGAGCCAACCAAUCUUUUCUGUCAUUUGUUUGUAUUUUAUAAUAUGAAACAAGGGGGGAGGGUAAUAGCAAUGUGUUUUGCAACAUAUUAAGAGUAUGUGAAGGAAGCAGGGAUGUAGCAGGAAUCCGCUGGCUACCAUCUGCUCUUGGUUUCUGCUGCCCUGGAGCCUGACCCUCAGUCUCCAUUCUCCUUCCUACCCAGGCCUCCUCAACCUACACCUCCUUUCCCACCAAGGAGGAGAAGUAGGAAGUUUUCUUAAAGGGCCAAUUCAAAGGCAAGUCGUGGAGUGCAGAUUGUUAUGGUGACAGGCACACACCUUUUUCUACCCUUCUUCUGAGAUGUCCUCUGCCUUCUGGGUAUUUGUGAUUUUGUCACAGCCUGACAUGGCCAGGUUCUCACAUUGGCCCAGAGAAAAGAGCCUCAGCAAGAGAGGUUUGCCAACAAUUCCCCUUAAAAGGAAACAGAUCAACUAUACCACAUCCCAACAACCCAGGUUCUUUUUCCUUCCUUCCUUCCUUCCUUCCUUCCUUCCUUCCUUCCUUCCUUCCUUCCUUCCUUCUUUCCUGCCUUCCCUCCUUCCCUCCCUUCUUUCUUUCUUGACAGUAUCUCACUCUUGCUCAGGCUGGAGUGCAGUGGUGCAAUCUCAGCUCACUACAGCCUCGACUUCCUGAGCUUAAGUGAUCCUCUCAUCUCAGCCUCUUGAGUAGCUGGGACUACAGGCAUGAGCCACCAUACCUGGUUGAUUUUUCUUUUAUUUUUUGUAGAGAUGGGGGUCUCACUAUGUUGCCCAGGCUGGUCACAAACUCCUGGCCUUGAACAAUCCUCCCACCUCAGCCUCCCAAAAUGCUGGGAUUACAGGCUACAGCCACUUCAUCCAGCCCCAAGUCCUUUAUAAUGGGCCAAAGAUUCUCAUCUUCUGACACUCUUACUAUACCAGC